UAUAUAGCGGACGCGGGGGCAAGGGCAGCCGAUCCGCACCGGGCAGCGGGCUCCGCGGCACCAUGGCCCCCGCCCGCGCGGCGGGGCGAGCAGGUGCCGCCGCGGCGCUGGCGCUGCUCUGGCUGCUGGUUUGCGCCCCGCGGGACGCCGGCAGCCGCCUGCUGACCGUGGCCGAUCUCUUCGACCGGGUGAUCCGGCACUCGGGCCGGAUCCACAGCCUCUCCACGGCGCUCUACGCCGAGCUGGAAAAACACUUUCCUCCCCGUGACAACGAGCUGGGGAAGCCGGCUCGGAAGUGCCACACGUCGGGGAUGCUCACCCCCAACGGCAAGGAAUACGCCCAAAAAAUCCCGAGAGAAGAACUGACUCACUUGAUACUGAAACUUCUCCAAGCCUGGAAAGAACCUCUUUCCCACUUCAACCAGCAUAUUGAGCACCAUCAAGAGCUACCUGAUGACAGCCUUAGCAAAGCUAAGCAAAUCAGCAAUAUGGUACAUGAACUGAAGACUGGAGUUGAGAAAGUAACAGAAAAGAUGCAGUCAAUGGGAAUCAUCAGCAAUUCAUUAAAUGGAAUGGCAUCAUCUGAAGCCACUGGUUUAUCAAUUAGCAAUGAAGCAAACAUGAUGAGUGACUCUGAUUUUAUUCACUGUUUCAGGAGAGACUCCAAUAAAGUACAAAGCUACUUAAAAAUUCUUAAAUGUAGGAUUAUGCCAGAAAAUAGUUGUUGAGUUGUAAUCUCUUGACAAGUAGUCUUCAGCAUGUUGUUUAUAAAGAUGAAAAAAUAGGAUUUAUAAAUUAUCACAUUUGCAGUCAUUUUAAUAAGAAAGUGGUUUUGAAAUUCUUUGGCAGCUACUUGACACUGUUGACCUAUGCAGCUGAAAUAUUAAAUAAAGCACCAUGUGUGUAUGUGGGUUAAUGCACCAGAUAAAAAGGAGCACUCUAGCAGUAGAUAAAUAAAUGUCCUUGCACAUUAACACUGUGACAGACAAUGUUAUGGCUAAUUCACACAGUGUAGGUAUAUACAUAGUUGAAAGUGAAAUUCAGUUUGUUAAACAUCGGUACAAAUACA